AUGAGAUCGUUAACUAGUAUCUACUACAUUCAAACGAUGCUCUCAUCACUUCUCCGGUCUCUAACUCAUCUUGGACGGCGAUGGAAACCAUUAAAUUUCCCCAACUCUAACUUCGUCCGAAUCCCCAAUUGGCACAACAUAGAAGAAGAGACUCUUCCCGAAUAUACCGCCUCACAGUAUUAUCCCACUCGAAUAGGAGAAGUUAUCAAGGAGCGAAACCGCCGUUAUGUUAUGCUCAAGAUAUUCAUUGAGGCUUCGUCUAUGGGUCAGCAAGCCGAUAUCGAGCUUAAUAUGUACAGACUUAUGGAACAGUCCCCGCCCAUCCACCCCGGUCGCGAUGCCAUCAGAACAUUACUCGAUACUUUUUACAUCGACGGCCCUCAAGACAAACAUCGCUGCCUAGUGCAUCCCCCAUUAUGGGAAAGCGUGCUAGCUUUCUUGCGCCGGAAUCCGGUUGAGAGGCUACCAUCUGCAGUCAUUGCUGUUGUUCUUCAUCGCUUAUUUCUAGGAUUGGACUUUCUGCAUACGGAAUGCAAGAUCGCGCACACGGAUAUCAAAGCCGAUAAUAUCAUGUUCGGUAUCAAAGAUGACUCAGUCUUUACGGACAUCGAGGAGAACGAACUUCAACGACCCGUCCCGAGGAAAGAGGUCGACGAAAGAACGAUAUACAUGUCCCGGGAACUCAAAGUACCUAAAGGAAUUGGCGCCCCGGUUCUGUGCGAUUUUGGUUCAGCCAUGGUCGUCAAUGAUGAAUACCAGAGGGUAUUCAUUCAACCUCAGAUCUAUCGAGCCCCGGAGGUGAUACUGGGAGUUCCAUGGACGUACAGCGCUGAUAUUUGGAAUGUUGGAUGCAUGAUCUGGGAUUUAUACGAAGGCGGUUCCUUGUUCACGGGGCAAGACCCUGUAGAUGAGAGAUACCGGAGUCGAGCGCAUCUUGCCGAGAUGAUUAAUCUUCUGGGCCCACCGCCUGCUAGUUUGCUUACGCAGGGAGAGUUGAGAGAUAAGUUCUUUUCGAGUGAAGGUGGUUAUACCAAACCUUGUGCUUUCCUCCAUCCGGAUUUAUUGACUGAUUACGUUCCACUUGAAGAACGAGAGACUACUCUGGAGGGAGAGGCAGAGAGGGACGCGUUUUUGCGAUUUAUGCGGAAGAUGCUGCAGUGGGAGCCGAACAGGAGGAGUUCUGCUAAGGAUUUGGCGGAGGAUGAAUGGAUACAUAGUCAUAUGAAGUACUAG